AUGGGUGUGGCUAUAGAGGGGUUGGUGCGAAACUGUAGAGGCUGUACAUUAGUUUCGGCACCGGAAGCUCCAGAGCCAAUGCAUCGCAGUAAACUGCCCUGUUCUCCUUGGAAUACGGUAGCUCUUGACUUUUUGGGACCUCUUCCAGAAGGUCAACAUCUGCUUGUUAUAAUCGACUGCUACAGUAGAUAUAUGGAGGUGUGUGAAAUGGAAUCAAUCACUGCAAACGACAUAAUACGGGAGUUAUCUAUCACGUUCAGUAGAUACGGUAUUCCUGAUUCUAUAAAGGCAGAUAAUGCACCACAGUUGAAUUCUGAUUGUAACGAAUUUCGAAUGUGCUGUACAGAAAACGGCAUAAGACUGCUAAACACUAUCCCAUACUGGCCACAGUUGAACGGGGAAGAGGAACGGCAAAAUCGCUCGAUCCUGAAACGGCUUAGAAUUGCGCAGGAGUUGGGGCAGGAUUGGAGGAAAGAGUUGCGUCAUUAUUUGUUGAUCUACCAAGCCACUAAACAUCCGUCGACUGGAAAAUCACCCGGUGAGCUUAUGUUUGGACGUAAAACUAAAAGCAAAUUUUCAACGCUUUCGAGUUAUCAGGAAGAUGAUAGCAUACGCGAAACAGAUGCUGUUUCGAAGGAAAAAGGAAAGGAAUAA